GGCCCGCCAACGCCGUGGUGUCGGAGAUGGCGAUUGCGGAGGUCCACCGCGAAGCGGCCGCCGCCUUUGCCGCCGCUGCCGCGCGGGCGAGAGGUCGUCGAGAUGCGCACCGCUUUCCACGAUUGUGUCUGGAGGAGUCUGGUGGGGGGCGAAAGUGGCAUGAGGCGCCACCCGACCCAGCCAGAGAUCUGGACGUGCGUCCUCCCGCAUAGACUCCAUAGACUCCUCCUCCCCCUCCUCCUCCUAGAAGCAGCGCUCAGCCCGCGGCCACCCCGCGGGCCCCCGCCGGCCAGCUUCCGAUGCGCGAGGGACGAGCGCAGGGCGCCCGCGGCGGGGCGAUGCAGCCGCUCCCCAAGGCGGCAGAGGGGCCACGCGCGAGCCCGCCCCCCACGACUUCUGAGGGGCGCCCGUCGACGCCAGAAACAUAAACUUUCGACGUUCCGCGCGGAUUUCUUGGAUCUGCGCUAGGGACCCUUGGCGGCGCCUCCGGCGCCGCCCCUGGCGCGCUCCGCGCGCUAGAGAGAAGGCCCAGCGCAAAUCCAAGAUAUCCGCGCGGACCGUCGACAAUUGUUAUGUGUUUCUCCUAGGUGGUCCGCUUCCUCGAAGGGUACCCACAGUCGUCCCCGCUGAGCGGCGCGUCCAUUCCGGCCUCGGCGUUGGUCCUGUCCAAGGACGGUGUGUUGGUGGCGCCUCCAGUGUACAUGACUCCGCUCGCCAGGGCGGCCAUGGCGACACCCCAGGCGACUGCGACGUUGCCGAUUGGGUCUCGGGGCCCUGCAGCGUCGAGUGCGACGACAAGUGCCACGCCGACCCAUACGCCCGCGGAUGUCGAGAAGCGCCCGAGUGAGCUGUUCUCGCACUUUGACCUGGACAAUGAUGGCAGCAUCAACCGAGAGGAGUUCUUGGCCGUCUUGGAGCGCUGGCACAUCCAUAUUUCGCCUGAGCAGGUGGAUGCCCUGAUGAAGGCGUUGGACACUGAUGGAGACGGGCGCAUCUCGGCGGCAGAAUUCUCUAAGGUGUUGCAGUCGGCGAUGGACACUGACUCGAAGGUGUGCGUCUCGAUGGUGAUUCCAUCAACGUCAAGUGUGGAUGUGCAGGGCACUGAAGCAGAUCUACUCACGCGUCGCAAUGAAGUCUUGCAAUUUUUUGCGCAGAGGUUUGGUGGCUCAACGGCCAAAGCCGCGCAUCAGGGAGCAUAUCAGGCCUACAACGGCGAUCUGGUCUAUGAGCAGGGCAUCGUGGUGGACACCUUCACUACGCCAGUCAAGUGGAAGGAGUCAGCAUCGCGUAUUCGAAAGCAAGUGCAACUGUGGUGCAGCGCGUGGGGCCAGGAGUGUAUCGCAUUGAUAGUGAACGGUUCGAUGGAGUUUGUAGUUCCGCCUGAAAAUUCGGCCAGUCCAGAGCAAAUUCUCCAUUCUAUGAUGCGGCACCUUGACACAUAUGCGCAGUGGGGCGUUCUCGAUUGAGCCUCGCACGCUCCGGUUGCACUCUAUGGUAGUAUUUGUUUGGUGGGCAUCAAUCAAGGGCAUCUGGUCACGGACAUAUCAAAGAUGUGUAACCAGUGACGUUGUCCAAGGACACCUUUUCAAAGAUACCGUUGUGAUCCCUAUGAUAAUCGCCAUCAUCGCAAACGCCCUUGGCCUACACUAUCGCCUUCUACGAUUCGGGGUAGCAGUGGAGCUGACUUAUACGUGGCGCGAUGCAUUGAUUAUGGCGCAGGAAUAGGCUCCUGCGUUUGCCGACCAGAUGGGUGCGAUAGGGUUGAGCGUGAGAGGAGUACCAGAAAUAUCUCUCGCAUGCCUGUGUGAGUAUACAUUAGACUGCGUUGGUAUAGGUUACGAUUGUACAUCCGUAUGCCCGGGCAGGCAAGGUGGGGCUAUAGGGGUUUUACCGUUUUGCCUCCUAAUUCUCCUUGAGAUGACAGACGGCGCCGCGGACAGUCCGUAAGUUGACAGGCCGCAGUCAGAGUGCAGCGGUCUCGGGGGCAUGCAGCGCGGCUUGCGGUGUGCUGGUGGAGUGUUUGCGGUGGAAAAGAUUCUUCCUCUCCGCCAAGUCACUCCACAUUUUCGGGAAACGGGGGACCUGUUUCCACUGCAUCUACCUGAAGUUCUGUCGUUCAGCAUCUACCGGGCGACCAAGCAUGUCCUUCUCUCGUUCAAGUGCCGUGUGGGAUAAGCAAUGCUGGGGUAUUUGAUUGCAUGGCACUGCAGCCCAGGGUAGCAGCGCCUUUCACGCAGCAGUAUCCAGCGAGCUGCAGCCCAAGGUAGGGGCAGGGGCGCAGUUCUAAUUCUCGACUGCGUUGGUAUAGGUUACGAUUGUACAUCCGUAUGCCCGGGCAGGCAAGGUGGGGCUAUAGGGGUUUUACCGUUUUGCCUCCUAAUUCUCCUUGAGAUGACAGACGGCGCCGCGGACAGUCCGUAAGUUGACAGGCCGCAGUCAGAGUGCAGCGGUCUCGGGGGCAUGCAGCGCGGCUUGCGGUGUGCUGGUGGAGUGUUUGCGGUGGAAAAGAUUCUUCCUCUCCGCCAAGUCACUCCACAUUUUCGGGAAACGGGGGACCUGUUUCCACUGCAUCUACCUGAAGUUCUGUCGUUCAGCAUCUACCGGGCGACCAAGCAUGUCCUUCUCUCGUUCAAGUGCCGUGUGGGAUAAGCAAUGCUGGGGUAUUUGAUUGCAUGGCACUGCAGCCCAGGGUAGCAGCGCCUUUCACGCAGCAGUAUCCAGCGAGCUGCAGCCCAAGGUAGGGGCAGGGGCGCAGUUCUAAUUCUCGCUCUUUCGGGGGCUCCUCCGGGCUACAAACGAGAGGUUUCAAGCCAGAGCUUCGUCGGUGCGUGAAUCGUGG